AUGGCCUUUCAGGACCUCCUGGAUCAAGUGGGAGGCCUAGGAAGAUUCCAGAUCCUUCAGAUGGUUUUCCUUUGUAUCUCCAGCCUCAUAGUGUACCCUCACAUCCUAUUGGAGAACUUCACGGCAGCUGUCCCUGGCCAUCGCUGCUGGGUCCACAUCCUUGACAAUGACACUGCCUCUGCUAAUAGCACUGGGACCCUCAGCCAAGAUGCCCUCCUGAGAAUCUCCAUCCCCCUGGACUCAAACUUGAAGCCAGAGAAGUGUCGUCGCUACCUCCACCCCCAACGGCAGCUCCUUCACCUGAAUGAGACCUUCCCCAAUGUGACUGACCUGGACACAGAGCCCUGUGUGGACGGCUGGGUGUAUGACCGAAGCGCCUUCUCCUCCACCGUCGUGACUAAGUGGGACCUGAUAUGUGAAUCUCAGUCACUAAAAUCAGUGGCCAAAUUCUUAUUCAUGGUUGGAAUGCUGGUGGGAAGCAUCAUAUAUGGCCAUUUGUCAGACAGGUUUGGGAGGAAGUUAAUGCUCAGGUGGUGCUUGCUCCAGCUCGCCGUCACGGACACCUGCGCAGCCUUUGCUCCCACCUUCCUCAUUUACUGCUCGCUGCGCUUUUUGGCUGGGUUUUCCACCAUGAGCAUCCUGACAAAUUGUUCUGUGCUUAUUGUAGAAUGGACAGUGCCCCGAUGCCAAGCCAUGGGAAUGGCAAUGGCCAUCUGUGCUGCUUGUACGGGACAGACCAUCCUGGGAGGACUGGCUUUUGCCAUCCGAGACUGGCAAACCCUUCAGCUGGUGUUUUCUGUACCAUUAUUUGUCUUCUUUCUUUCCUCAAGGUGGCUGUCAGAGUCUGCUCGGUGGCUGAUUAUCACCAACAAACCUGAGGAGGGCUUAAAGGAACUUAGAAAAGCCGCACAAAGAAAUGGAAUAAAGAAUCCUGGAGACAUCCUCACCAUUGAGGCUGUGGGAGCCACCCUGCAGGAGGAGCUGGAGGCAGCACAGACCAAAACGUCGGUGUUCGACUUGUUCCGCACACCCAACCUGCGUAAAAGGAUCUGUGUCCUGUCCUUUGUCAGAUUUGCAAACUUCAUGUCCUUUUUUGGCCUGAUUCUCCACCUCCAGUACGUGGGGAGCAAUGUUUUCCUGUUCCAAGUUCUUUUUGGCGUCGUCAACCUCCCAGCCAAUUAUGUUGCAUUUUUGGCGCUGAAUCACCUGGGUCGUCAAAGAAGCCAAACGCUUUUCAUGUUUCUUCUUGGAAUCUCCAUUCUGGCCAUCACAUUUGUGCCUCAAGAAAUGCAGACCCUGCGUGUGGCUUUGUCAACUUUGGGAGUAGCGGUUUCUUCGGUGGCUCUCAUGUGUUCUUUUGCCCAUGGAAAUGAACUCGUUCCCACCAUUAUCAGGGUAACAGCUUCAGGAGUCAUAGGAAUUGCUGCUAAUAUUGGGGCAGCCCUGGCUCCCCUCUUGAUGAUUCUGACUGAGUAUUCACCCCACCUGCCCUGGAUCAUCUAUGGAGGCUUCUCCAUCCUUGCUGGCUUUCUGGCCCUACUUCUUCCUGAAACCAGAAAUCGGCCUCUGCCUGACUCCAUUCAGGAUGUGGAAAAGGAGGGCAAAGGCUUGAGAAAAGCAAAGCAGGAAGAUACCUUCAUAAAAGUGACACAGUUUUAAGGAAUUCCAGGAACAAAUUGCCAAUCAAAGAGCGAGAUAAACAAGAAAAAAAAUUGGGAUCACUCCUAGAU